AUGGCGACAACAGCUCAGUAUAUCCCGAGGAAUAACUCCUUACCGUCCAACCCGCUCAUGCACCCGGACUCGGACCGGAUGCACCAGGGGACGACCUACAGAGAGGUGCAGAAGAUGAUGCACCACGAGUACUUGCAGGGGCUGGCGGCCACCAACACGGGACACCCGAUGAGCCUGACGCACCACCAGUGGCUGCCCAGCUCCAACACCGACUGGUCCACCGGCACCCACAUCGGCCAGCAGGAGCACAAAGCCAGCGUGCAGGCCACCCGGGACCAGGACCUGAGCAGCGGCUUCCACCACAGAUCUCACCUGGUGCACCAGCAGACGCAGAGCAGCCACCAUGGGUCGUGGGCGCCCGCCACGACGCACCACCUGUCCCCGCUGUCCCCGGCGUCCAACGGCCACCAGGGGCUGGUCUACUCGCAGCCCGGAUACACGAACCUCAACGCCAUGCUGAGUCCCCAGCCCGGGUCCCUGCACCACGGCAUGCGGGACCCCCUCAUCGACGAGUCCGGCAGCCACGACAACCAGAUGGAGUCCCCCCAGCAGGCGUUCAGCCACCAUCAGGACCACUCGGACGAGGACGCGCCCAGCUCCGACGACCUGGAGCAGUUCGCCAAGCAGUUCAAGCAGCGGCGGAUCAAACUGGGCUUUACGCAGGCGGACGUGGGCUUGGCCUUGGGCACCCUGUACGGAAACGUCUUUUCUCAGACCACUAUCUGCAGGUUCGAGGCGCUGCAGCUCAGCUUCAAGAACAUGUGCAAACUUAAGCCGCUGCUAAACAAGUGGCUGGAGGAGACGGACUCGAACACCGGCAGUCCCACCAAUUUGGACAAGAUUGCGGCGCAGGGCAGGAAACGAAAGAAGAGGACCUCCAUCGAAGUGGGGGUGAAAGGGGCGCUGGAGAACCACUUCUUAAAAUGCCCAAAGCCAUCUGCUCACGAAAUCACCAGUUUAGCCGGCACUCUGCAGCUGGAGAAAGAGGUUGUGCGCGUUUGGUUUUGCAACAGAAGACAAAAAGAGAAAAGAAUGACACCAGUGGGGGUCCCUCACCCGAAUAUGGAGGACGUAUAUUCCCAAGCAGAGACCCCUCCUCUACACCGCACACUACAGAGUCCUGUGCAGUGA